CCCGCUUCCCGGAGCCUCCCGAUGGGCCUGCAGGCGGCCGAGCAGCUGCGGCGAAGCAGGCGCCCGGCCGCAGCGAGGGCAUGGAGCGGCCCAGACGGGGGCUGCCGCCGCCACCGCUGCUUCUACUGCUGGCCGCGGCCUGGGCGGGCGGGCGGGCGGGCGCGCAGUACGAGAAGUACAGCUUCCGCGGCUUCCCGGCCGGCGACCUGAGGCCGCUGCAGGGCGUUUACGGCGAGGCGCUGGAGCUGUAUGAGGGCGAGCGCUGGAAGGAGAGCGCGGGCGCCCUGGAGGCCGGCCUGCGCCUCCAUCGCCUCCUCCGCGACAGCCAGGCGCACUGCAGCAAGGAGUGCGCCCAGGAAGGAGAGCCCGCCGCCGCCGGGCCGCUGCUGGGGCUUGGAGAGCUUGGCGAGGCCGGCCGGGGCGCACGGGCGCGCGGAGAGUGGCUGGCCGAGCUGGAGCUCUUCGCCCGCGUCCUGCGGCGCGCCUCCUGCCUGCGCGGCUGCCAGCGCGGCCUGCCCGUCUUCCAGCUCCGCUACCCGCCGGCCGACACUUUGCGGGACUUCCAGCGUCGGACGCCUUACCUGUACCUGCACUACGCGCUCUAUAAGGCAAACAAGAUUGAGAAAGCCGUCUCUGCGGCUCAUACUUUCCUGCAGAAGAAUCCCAAGCAUGAGGUGACUCAGAGGUACCUAAAUUACUACAAAACUAUGGUGGAGGUGGAUGAAUACCUUGUGGACCUGGAAGCACAACCAUAUGAGACAGUUUUUGUGCGAGCUGUGAAGCUGUAUAAUAGCGGAGAUUUCCGGAGCAGCAUCGCAGACAUGGAGCAUGCAUUAGCUGAGUAUUACAAGGUUUAUGAGAACUGUCUGGCUGGCUGUGAAGGCAGCUACGAACUCCAUGACUUUAAGGAUUUUUAUCCAGCCAUUGCAGAUCACUUUGUUGAAGUCCUACAGUGCAAAGUGGAUUGUGAGGCCGACUUGACCCCAAACGUAGGUGGCUACUUUGUGGAGAAGUUUGUAGCCACUAUGUAUCACUACCUUCAGUUUGCAUAUUACAAGCUGAAUGACAUCAAGAAUGCAGUUCAGAGUGUGGCCAGCUACAUGCUCUUCGAUCCUGGAGAUGAGGUCAUGCAGCAGAACCUGGUCUAUUACCGCUUCUACCAUGAGCGUUGGCACCUGGAAGAGGAGGAUUUCAACCCGCGGCCAGAAGCUUUGCAAUAUCACAACCAGACAUCUACACAGAAAAAACUCUUGGAGUUUGCCAAGCAGUACCUUCAGUCAGAUGAUGAGGCAGAGGUAGGUGAUUACGAGGAGACGGAUUCAGAAUCACUGUCAGAUUCGGAGUUUGAGGGGAAUGGUGACUAUGAAGAAGGCUUUCUGGCCAAGUGGUGGCAGGAGCCACGAUCCAAGGGCGACCGAGCGGAUGAAGAAGGAUUCCCGGCUGCAUCAAAAGGAAUGUGGGGAACAAAAAUAUCUCCUAAAAGUAAUUGUUCAGUUUUAGCACAGCAGUUUGCUGCUGGAAUCUUCCUUUGAAGACUGGUCACUGGAGAACGGGGACUCAGAGAUUGGAAACGGUGUGUCCUGGGAGACUGACACAGGGGCAUGGAUGACAGUGAAGACGCCUCAACCUUGCGCCCGACUGGAUAUGCCAAAAUGUCCUCUGUUAUGGUCAGAGGCAUAGCGGAGGGAAAUGGCACCUGAGGCGGGGCCGAGAGGUGUUCGGCUGUGGCCUCUGCUGGGCCUGCUGGGGUGGAGCCAGGCCGAGGGGCUCCCUGCAGUGGCCCCACUAGGUCGUCUCCGCUGGCUGAAGAAGCGGCCUGGCGGAACUGGGGACAACUGAGGGAAGAAGGGAGAGGAGUGUGGGGGCGAUCUUCUGCCCCCCAUGUGAUUGAAUGGGGGCCCGCCUGGGGCAUUUGUCCCCACCCUGCCCCAUGGAAGCUACGCCACUGGCUACCGUUUUGAAAAACAGCAAAUGUCAUUUAUUCCAUUUAUUGUCCAGAAGGUCGAAAAAUCUCUCAGUUCUUAAAUGUGUUGUGGGGAGAAGGGGGUGCUUUGUAAUAAAAGCAAAAUAUUCUGCCUCUGUUUGGAAAGAAUCCUGUCUUUAGGGGCCAGAAAUUGCAGGUCGCCUCACUGGUCUGUAAGAAAAACCUCCAGAGAAGUGCUUUCGUUAGGGCUGAUUAAAGCUUCACCCACCUC